AUGCUGUUUCCAUGGUAACCGUUGAAGCAACACCAUAAAAUGGCGGCAAAUGGAUUGUCUCACAGUUUGAAAUCGUUUCAAGUUCACAAAUUUGUUCAAAAAGCUUUAUGUUGAAUCACCCACUGCUAUGUUUAGAAACAUCACCUAUCCAUGAUUUUGCAACAAUGGACAUUUCAGCAGCAAAGGAUCUUGCAGUAGAGCUCCUCACAUCUUACCUUGAAAGCACAGAUGAAAAUGAAUACUACCUUUUUGAAGCCAUCUCAUCAUUGAUAGAAUACAUAGAGGAGAAUGGAGGCUGUGUUGAUGAAGGGAAACCAAAGAGCUCUGAUAAGCACAGUGCAGCCGUCAUCCAGCUAUCUCUCAUUGCUGAUUGGCUUUUUGCUUCCAAAGGGUUUUCUCUUUGUUGUCUAUCACUAGAAGCUGCAUUAAAGUUACUGAAUAAUUUUACCAAGGAUUCAACUGAUACUAAUCUUCCAACAAAGAUGAGUCUGUUUCUGAAACUCAGCUCUUCAAAUUUGCAGCUGGAUAAUACUAAAGAAGCAAUUGAUAAUGCAAUGGUUUGCCUGAAGGAUGCCAUAGAGAAAAGUAAUAAGUUGCUUGAAAUGCAAAGUUGCAUUAUCAUAGCAAAUGCAUAUCAGAGAAGUAAAAACUAUGUGGAGGCUGUUUACUAUAAUACAAAGUUGCUUGAUAUUGGAAGGCAGGCUACUGCACUAGAUAAAGAAAGGCUUGAAUGGAAUAAUCACUUGGAAUGCAGAGUUUUGUGGAAUAUUUCUGCUUGCUAUAAUUCAAUAAAUGACACUGCCAAUGCUUUAGUUUAUGCCAAAGAAUAUCUUAAUGCAAUCAAGUUUGGCAGCCAAGAGAAUAUGACUGAUAUGUACUCAUAUGUCGGUAAGCUCUUGUACCAGAAUGGAGAAUAUGAAGAAGCCAUCACAAUGCAUGAAACAGAACUUGCUAUUUGCAAAAGGUUUAAUGACAGAGUUGGAAUGGGGUAUGCCUAUGGAAAUAUUGGACUUGUCUAUGCUGCAGUUCAGAAAGAACCUCUUGCAAGUGAAUUUUUGGACCAACAAUUUCGUAUAGCAAAGUCAACUGAAGAUGUAGACCUUCUUUUAAAGGCUAUUCAAAAUCAAGCAGAGUCUUCCAUGGCUUUGGGGAAUGUAACAACAGCAAUCGAAAAUUUUAAGUCGCUUCUGAAAUUAGCAAAAGAAAAUCAUUUUUGGACGAUUCAGUGCAUAGCAUAUAAAAAUAUUGGCAAGCUUUAUCAAAUGCAAAGGACUUUCAAUUUUGCCAGGUUCUAUCUAGAAGAAGCAAUGAACCGUGCUUAUGAAUGCAGUAUGAGGGAUGAUGAAAUAGAUGCUCAAAUGCACCUAGCUCAGGUUCUUAACGUGUUGGGAUAUUAUGAAAAGUCUCGAAAGCAUUUCAAGGAAGUGAUCAUACAUUUCGAAAAAUUACUGAAUAAACAGCACCACUUCGAGAUUCAAGCGUGCAGUGAAAUUUCAAAUAAACUUGAAAAUUGUUGUAAGGAUUUGCAAGAUGUCUUGGUCAAAUUAAAACGUCACGCCGAAGCUCUAGAAAUAGCUGAGCAUUGCCAUUCUAGAACGUUUUUCAAUGCACUUAAAAGAAAAAAUGCAAGGCGUGUUUCUCAUGUAGACAUAGCACUACCUCUCACAAUCAGCCACGUUGAAAAAAUUCUAUCCGAGCAAUCAAAUACCACUGUUGUUUUGUACUACACUUUGACUAAAAAUGGAUAUUAUCUAUGGAUGAUGAGACCUGGUAAAGGAAUUGUGAAAUUUGUGAGUCAUAAUUCGAUGGCUGCAUACCCGCUUGACUCUCUUGUCCGGACAUGUGUAAGAAGCCUUGCUACCACAAAGAAGGGAAAUCGAUGUUGUUAUGAUUCAGAGUACAAGCAGAAAACGCUAGGCCUCAUGGAAUCACAUUCACAAGCUAUUGUUCGAAAACUUGAUUCAAAUACCAACGCACCACAAAGCCUCGAUGUAAUAGAGCAGCAGACGUUUGAGCAGUCUAGUGGAUUCGAGCACGAGACCCCUAAAAUAGAAUGUAGGGUUUUCAGAUCGGAGGGGGGUACUAAAUAUGUAGAUGACCGUGUGCAUUGUUCUCUACCCAAUGAUGAAUCCCCUGUGAAAAUUCCGAAGGAGACAACAUAUGACUCAGGUUAUGAUUCUAGUCUUUCAAGGGAUUUGAAAUCAAGAGACGACAUUGAUGUCGAAAAAUAUCCAUUGGCAACUUCGCCAUCACCGGAGCACGCAGACACGAGAGAAAAUAAUGAUCACACCUUGGACCACAAAAAGCUGCUACGUGAAUUAUUUGACAUUUUGUUAGGAUAUGUAGAGCAUUUGUUGCUGGAUCUCAAAGAGACUAAAAACGUUAUUGUGAUAACUGAUGGUAUACUGAACAUUGUCCCUUUUCAUCUCCUUCUGGACGAGAACAACAGACCAAUGCACACGAAAUUCGAAGUAUCAAUUUCGCCGUGUCUUGCAGCCCUUGAGAAACAAUCACCAUGUCAUCGUUCUGAGCCUUCUGAUGUCGUCGUGUUUGGCAAUGCGUCUUUGAGUGAUGCUUCGUUAAAGAAUAUCAACGGUGAUUCAAUCUCUUACCAGUCAGAAGCUGUCGAGGAAGAACUGAAUCUUGUAGCAAAGACCCUUGGCGUGAGAGCCAUUGCAGGGAAAGCAGCUACUAAAGAUUCCUUUAUGAAACUUUUGCCCGAAGCUGAAAUUGUUCACGUCUCAGCUAUUGGUAGUGAGUCAGAUGGGUGUUUGCUUCUAACACCAAACAGCCACAGACAGCUACCAGAUGCAGAACGAGAGUCGUAUGUUUUCGGAUUGAAUGAUCUAAUGCAGCUAGAUCUAAAGGCAAAGCUUGUUGUACUUAGCAGUUGCUCUCAGUGCCCACAUGGUCUUGCUCGAUCAACGAAAUUCAAAAGCAAUUUAGCUGCCGGCUUUCUUGCUUCAGGUGUUGUUGCAGUUGUCACAUUUUUGUACUCAAUGCCACACAAAACCCAAUUGUACUUGCUGCACCAACUUUUCAGAAAUUUAGAAAAGGGCAACAGUGUGGCCCAGGCCCUGCGUCACAUAUACAACGAGAUGGACUCAUGCGAGAAGUUAAAUCAUCCUGGUUACUGGGGAGGCAUCAUUCACAUGGGCAGAGAUGUUUGCAUUGACAUUAAAACACUUCGAAGAAAGGCACUUGAAAAAGCAAUCGAUAAUGGAAGUGGCUUAGUGCGGGAAUCCGUUUGCCUAAUGGAAGCGAAUAUGACUUUUGAAGAGUUCAACCUCGGGAGUAAAGCAAAAACUCUGCAGUCUCUUUUGGCAUCAUUGUUGUCCAUCGAAGAGAACUUCAUCGCUCUAGACUCUUUACAAAAUCUUAUAUCGCUCACAAUUGACCUAUUACGUAAAUUUGGAACCGAAGAAGCAGAAAACAAAUUGCCUCCAGUCAAAAUAAGCUGCACAGUCACAAACCUGAAGCCUUUCGACAAUAUUUUGCGUUUUCUCGGGUACAGAAUAGAGCCUUCCUUAGAAGAUACAGCGAUUCAGUUUGUGAUGCUUCCACCGUGGAAUUUUGACGAGCUGCUUGAGAUGGUCCUAGGCCUUGUGAAAUGUCUACAUUCUUUACGGUCUCUAUCAAAUAGUGCAAUUUUCCAUCUUUCAAAAUGUAUAGCGGAAUUCGACGAAUACAUUUUGACAGCACUUCAUAAUACGCUGAAGGACUUAUUGGAUAAUCCAGAGCAAAGAAUUUAUGUGACAGAUGAUGGCAUCAAUCGUUUGUGGGUACACUGUGAAUGCAAAGAGUUUUUGGAGAGCAUCGGGCUUUAUGAAGUCAAUACAAGUAUGUUCUUAAGAAACGGGUCUCCCUUUGAUGAUAUGCAGAAGAUAACACAAGAUUUCGUUGUUGUGUUGCUGAAAAUGUAUAGAGAAGGGGAGAUACUGGUAAAACAGAUUUCCUCAACCAGGGUUGAAAAAGAUGUUCCAUGGUUCAGCAGAAAGCCAACGAAAGAAGAAAUAAAAAAUAAAAACUUGUUAUCAAAAAGACUAAUCUCAACAAAGAAAAAAUUCGAUGGACUCAAGAAAACUGGGCAGGACUGGCAUGACUCGACUUUAAAAUCAUGGAAUCUGCCAGAAACGGAAAUUAUGCGCAUUGGCCCCGAGAUGAAAGAAACAGAAAACGUCCAGAGGAUGUACUAUGGACAAUUGAAAGUAAAGGUAAAACCUGGUGGUACUCCAUCAAGUUGUAGGCUGCCUGUUAUUCAGAAAAAGGAUGUCACAAAAUAUGACAGAUAUCAGCAACGUGAGACCCUACAGACGGCAUUGGUCAGCAAUAGGAAAGAGUUGUCAAGAAGGAAGCACUUAGAAAUCUGUCAGUCGUUUAAGACUAUGGAAUCGUAGGCUAAAAAUGAAAGGGGAUUUUAAGCGUGAAUGUUUAUGGAUUUAACGCAAAUGUAUUUUUAUAAAUAUGGGUUGUUUUUUGUAUCAUUUUGUUAUCAUUGUGAGUCAUAUCGCCAUUGUAAAUAGAGUGAUGGUUUUCUAUAAAGAGCUAUUUUUGUCUACAACCUCUGAGGACGCUCAAAUCCUCGAGAAAUAUGCGCAGUUAGAGCAUGCGACAUAAUGACAAGUGUAUUUCUUCAGUCAAAGUUUUAAAUAUUUCCUGACUCAUUGGUUGUUGGUUAAGAAAUGCCUCAGCAUUGUUGUGAAGCUUGAAAUCAGUAAGUAAUCAAUCACAACCGGGCUUUUUGCGUUCUUUGACAAUUUCCAUUUGAAACUGAAUGAUAACUUGUUUCUGGAGGUAUCAAGAUUGCGAAAGAAAUCUAAAGAAAUGUAUUAGCGUAAAUGGAUAUAUCCUAGUCAGUGUUUAUAUUUUUUAGAGCAAACUUAAGUUUUAAUGACACUCUCAAAUCGUUUAUAGAGAAAAUCGGGCGUAGUUUCUAUUAAGACUUCUGUGAUUUUCGAUAUGGUAAAAGGUUCGCUAAGAAAGAAACGGGCAGAAUGGUUUCUCCUGUCAUGGCAGAAUGAGAAGAUCGACAAAUAUAAAAGAGAAACUAAGUUAACAUCAAAAUUGCUACUAAAAACAGCUGCUAGCGAUUCCACAUUAUCUUUGUCUCACAGCUAAGCACGUACUUGAAACAGGCUAGGCCGCAUCCUUCUCCUUCUCCAAUGUUCAUUUCAAGCAUUAGAUAGUUUGUCAUUCAGGAUCACUAGUGUGAAAACACCCCUACAAAGAACUAGAAUGUAGUUAAAUUUUGUAAAAGUGAGCUUGGCUGUAGUCGCCUACGUAAAGUUUUUUCAUGUGUUUUGAGUGGCUGGUGAACUGAAGUUUACGAAACAAGACAUUUUAAGUUCCAGAAGUCGUUAUAAUCUUUGUCAGCUAAGAUUUCCUUUCAAGGAGGCAUUUCUAUUGAUUGACUUUCUACUAUCAACUCCCUCGUAAAUUAUGGCCUUCUGGCAAUUAAAAGACUUCUAAAUUUGAGUUAUAAUUGCUUAUAUUUUUUAAAUAAAUGCUUUUUAGUUAUUUGAAGUUGGCCUUAACUUAUAAAUCAUAUAAUACCUAAAAGUGCAUAGCUAGCAAUAUAAUAUCAAUAAGCAGAGAAAAAUAUGCCCAAAGAAGUUGAAAGAGAGUAGUAAAACAAUUUGGGACGAAGGUUAUCUUCUUUGCCAAUCUAAUUUGCUGAAGCGGUGAGGCAAAUUAAAAUUUAACAUAAUGUCAAGACAUAUGUUUAUAGGCCCCACAAAAGUAGACAUUUCAUUGAACUGAAUUGAAUAAGCACGGAAACAAGACCAAAGAUAUUAUUGAGCUGGAUAGCAGGGAAAGGAGGCAAUUCGAAGAGAGUGAAAUAGAAGAAAGGAAGUGACCACGUACCAUUCAGCACCAGAUUCAUCCCCAGAUUCGUCCCCAGAAUCAUCCCCAGAUUCAAAAACUUGCUUGUACUGCUUGAAAUAUGUCGAGAUGACAAUAAUUAGUUAGAAUUAGAAAAUAAGUUAUUUCUGGAAUUUGCUUUCUAAUUCCACUCGAUAAAAUUUUUUUUUCUGCCAAUUGAUUUUUGGUAUUUUUAGUGGGCCUAGUCUUGCGUGUUUUCCAUCCCCAGAUUCAACCCCAGAUUCGCGUUUUGCACAAUGUGAGUCUAAUAGAGCAUGAGAUGUCUCAAAACGACAACAAUUUGAGAGAAUAUGUAGUAAUAGGUGGCUCCCUGUCAAUUUCUACUUGAUAAAUGUCACUUUUCAACCACUUUGUUUCAAAUGUUGUUGGUUGGCCUAGGCAGUACCAUUCAG